GGGCAGGGCGUCGUUGUAUCUAAUCAAGUUCAGUUUUCGUUGAUUGAUACAUGCCCUCUUCAUGGCAUGUCGGAUGUCUGUGACAAACACGGCCUGAAGCUCUUAACAUAUGGAACCGUGUGUGGCGGUUUCCUCGCCGACAAGUGGCUUAAUCAGCCAGAGCCAGAUUCUUACGCUGGCAAUCUUACGCCCUCUCAACGAAAGUACCUCGACAUGAUUGUGAAGGCAUGGGGUGACUGGUCGCUAUUCCAGUCGCUUCUCUCAGUACUGCGUAUCAUCGGUGAUCGCCAUGGAGGUGUCAGUAUCACCAAUGUGGCCACUCGCUGGGUAUUAGAUUAUCAGUUUGUUGGAGCUGUGAUCAUCGGGGCGCGUUUGGGUCUUUCCGAACAUUCUGUGGACAACAGCCGUGUCUUCGAAUUCAAUUUGACUGAAGAGGAUCGCACGGCCAUCGAUGUCGUCUUGGAGCGUUCAAAUGGCCGUCGGAUGAUUACUACAAUUGGUGACUGCGGGGCUGAAUAUUGUUAA